CUUCAGUAGGGGGCCGAACCAAGAGGGAAAUUAUUUCAUUAACUGUACUUCUAAUUGGGGAUUCUCAUCAAUUAUGCUAAUUUGCUGAACUUACAAAAGUGUCGAAGCCCUGUCCCACGUGUGCAUUCAGCCACAAGCGCGCCUGGGGGACCUUCAGUAAACGGUGAAAUGUUCCAACAUUCCCAGCUGAGGAAGCAGAGGGAGAUGUAGCCUGACCCGUGAUUCCCAACCUCAGGCAGCAAAAAGGGCGGCAGAACCCAGGAGAGAACCCUCCCGGCUCCCCAGCCCUCGCCAGUCCUGAAAAAUGGCACCCGCUGCUCCAAGAGAAGCAGGAGUGUGGAGGCAAACCCGAGCUCUCUUGUUCAAGAAUUGUCUUAUUAAGUGCAGGACUAAGAAAAGCAGUGUCCAGGAGGUGCUUUUCCCGCUGUUUUUCCUGUUCUGGCUGAUCCUGAUGAGCAUGAUGCACCCUCACAGGAAAUAUGAUGAGGUGGCCAACACCGACCUGGGCCUGCUGCACACCUCGGUGCUGGUGAACUUCGUCAUCGGGUACACGCCACCCACACCCAUGGCUCGGGAAAUCAUGAAGAAAGUGGCUUUUGAUAACUUUGAGGAUGGCCUGAUCACUGAGGAGUAUUUGAGUGAGGAGGAGCUGGAAGAGGCGAGCUUUCUCAAACCCUCCAACUUCGUGGGGGUGGUGUUCAAGGACUCCAUGUCCUACCAGCUGAGGUUCCACGACUCCAUCGCCAUGUCCUCCAUCUAUACGGAAUCCAGAGCCACGUGCUCCAGCCUGCGGAAGAGCUGCGAGUCAGUGACCUACUGGAGCUCGGGCUUCACGGCGCUCCAGGCCUGCAUCGACACCGCCAUCAUCCAGCUGAAGACAAAUCACUCAGUUUGGGAGCAGCUGCAGCUGACCAGAGCCAUGGUUAUGGGAGAGGCUGCUGUGGUGGAAAUUGAUAAUUUCCCUCGUGCAAUCAUUUUAAUUUACCUGGUGAUUGCCUUCUCCCCCUUUGGGUAUUAUCUGGCAAUUCACAUCGUGGCAGAAAAGGAGAGGAAGCUGAAGGAGUUCUUGAAAAUUUUGGGACUCCAUGACACUGCCUUCUGGCUGUCCUGGGUGCUGCUCUACGUGAGCCUGAUUUUCGUCAUGUCCAUUCUCAUGGCGGUGAUCGCCACGGCCUCGUCCCUCUUCCCCCAGAGCAGUGCCUUUGUCAUAUUCCUCCUUUUCUUCCUGUAUGGAGUCUCCUCAGUUUUCUUUGCCCUGAUGCUGACGCCUCUGUUUAAGAAGUCCAAGCAUGUGGGGAUAGUAGAGUUCCUGGCAACUCUGGUUUUUGGCUUUGUGGGCCUCAACAUUGUCCUGCUGGAGGAUUUCCCCAAAUCUUUCGUGUGGAUCCUCAGCCCUUUGUGCCAGUGCAGCUUCUUGAUUGGUGUUGCACAGGUCAUGCAUCUGGAGGAUUAUGAGGAUGGGGCAACAUUUGCAAACAUCAAUGAUGGUCCUUACCCGCUCUGCAUCUCUCUGAUUCUCUUGGUGCUGGACAGCAUCUUUUACCUGCUUGUAGCUGUCUACCUUGACCAGGUUAUCCCAGGGGAGUUUGGCCUGCGCCGCACGCCCUUUUUCUUCAUGAAACCCUCGUUUUGGUCAAAGCACCGGAAAAACUACAAGGAGCUGUACGAGAGCAGCGUCAACGGCAGCUUGAGCUUCAGUGAGAUUGUGGAGCCUGUGCCUUCGGAAUUUCAGGGAAAAGAAGCCAUCAGAAUCAGCUGUGUUCAGAAAACAUUCAGGAAGAAGGGGGAAACUGUGGAGGCUCUCAGAAAUCUGUCCUUUGACAUCUACGAGGGUCAGAUCACGGCGCUGCUGGGCCACAGCGGCACGGGGAAGACAACGCUGAUGAACAUCCUCUGCGGGCUGUGCCCCCCCACAGACGGGUUUGUCUCAGUCUAUGGGCACAAAGUGUCCGAGAUCGACGAGAUGCUGGAGGUGCGGCAGAUCGCGGGCGUGUGCCCCCAGUCCGACAUCCACUUUGACAUUUUAACCGUGGAGGAGAACCUCUCCAUCUUUGCUGCCAUUAAGGGCAUCCCUCAGAAUGAUUUGAUACAAGAGGUGCAGAAGGUGUUGCUGGAUUUGGAGAUGCAGCCCAUCAGGGACAAUCAAGCCAAAAAAUUAAGUGGGGGGCAGAAGAGGAGGCUAUCAGUGGGAGUUGCUGUUCUUGGGAACCCCAAGGUUUUGCUGCUGGACGAGCCCACGGCGGGGAUGGAUCCCUGCUCCCGCCACAUCGUCUGGAACCUGCUGAGGAACAGGAAAGCCAACCGUGUGACUGUGUUCAGCACCCACUUCAUGGACGAGGCUGACAUCCUGGCUGAUCGUAAAGCUGUGAUUUCCCAAGGGAUGCUGAAAUGCCUCGGGUCUUCUCUCUUCCUGAAGAGCAAGUGGGGCAUUGGCUACCGCCUGAGCAUGCACAUCGAUGCCUACUGCAACACAGAGGCCACCACCUCGCUGAUCAGGCAGCACAUCCCUGCAGCCAGCCUGAUCCAGGAGAACGAUGAGCAGCUCGUGUACACCCUCCCUCUCAAGGACAUGGACAAGUUUGCAGGCUUGUUCUCUGACCUGGACACCCAUUCCCACCUGGGGGUCAUCACCUAUGGUGUGUCCAUGACCACGCUGGAGGACGUUUACCUGAAGCUGGAGGUCGAGGCAGAGAUUGAUCAAGCAGAUUACAGCGUGUUCCACUCCCAGCAAGUGCAGGACGAGAUGGAUACGAAAUCCCUGGAUGACAUGGAGCAGAGCCUGCUGAUGCUGUCAGAGGCCAAGGCACCCGCCAUGAGCAACUCAGCCCUGUGGAAGAAGCAGGUUUCCACCAUAGCCAAAGUGCACUUCCUCAGUCUGAAACGGGAGAACAAAUGUGUCAGAGUUAUGUUGUUGCUUUUCCUCAUUUUCCUUGUAGUUCAGAUUUUGUUGUUUUUCAUACACCACAUCAUCAAAAAUGCUGUAGCUGCUAUCAAACUCUCCCCAGAUUUGUACUUGCUGAAGCCUGGAGAGAGCUAUCACAAGUACAGAAGUCGGCUCCUGCUGCAGAACUCCACAGAAUCGGAUAUCAGUGACAUUGUGCACUCCCUGGGGAGCAUGAACAUCCUCUGGGAGAUGUUCAAUGACAGUGAUUAUGUCUCAGUGGCACCUCACAGUGCAGCUCUGAACGUGUUUGUCCUUGAGUCCAGGCAGAAUUAUGUUUUCAACAUGAUAAUCAACAGCACCAUGGUGCAUUCCCUGCCAGUUUUGAUGAACAUUGUCAGCAACCUCCUCCUGCGCAGUUUAAACGUGACUGAGAGCAUCCAGAUCUGGAGCAACCCCUUCAUUCAGGAUCUUCCAGACACAAUUUUCAGACUGGAGAUCUAUUUUGAAGCGGUGUUACUGGGGAUCAUCAUCACUGGAAUGCCGCCCUACUUUGCCAUGGACAAUGCGGAAAACCACAAGAUCAAGGCCUACACCCAGCUGAAGAUUUCAGGGCUCUAUCCCUCAGCUUACUGGACUGGUCAGGCUCUGGUGGAUCUCCCUCUGUUCUUCUUCAUCCUCAUCCUGAUGAUCGGCAGCCUCUUCGCCUUCCACUACGGCGUUUAUUUCUACGUGGGCAAGUUCCUGGCUGUGAUUUUCUGCCUGAUUGGUUAUGUCCCCUCAGUCGUGCUCUUCACCUACGUGGUCUCCUUCACCUUCAGAAAAGUCCAGAACACGAAGGAAUUUUGGUCAUUUAUAUUUUCAGUGACAGCCUUGCUUUGCACAGUUGUCGCUGAAGUUGCCUUUUUCCUGGACCUUUACCUGGUCACCACCGUCCUGCAUUAUGUCUUCUCCAUCUUCAUUCCUAUUUAUCCCCUUAUUGGCUGCCUGAUUUGUUUUAUAAAGGUCUCGUGGAAAGGCAAGAAUGAGAGUGGAGGAUACUCCCACCCCUGGGACCACGACCCCUGGGACCGGCUGCUGGUGGCAGUUCUGGCUCCCUAUUUGCAGUGUGUGGUGUGGCUGUUCCUGCUGCGCUGCUUCGAGCUGAAGAACGGAGGGAGGACGGUGAGAGAGGAUCCCUUCUUCAGAAAAUGUUUUACAAAAGCCAAGAGCUGGAAGUUCCCAGAUGUCCCUCACGAGGAGAACGAGGAUGAGGAUGUGAAGGCAGAGAGGCUGCGAGUCAAAGAGAUCCUGAGCAGCCCCAGGAGCGAGGAGAUGCCAGCAAUCCUGGUCAGCAGCCUGCACAAAGAGUUUGAUGAAAGGAAGGAAUUUCUUCUGGGGAGAAAAAUAAAGAAAGUGGCAACCAAACAUGUUUCCCUCUGCGUGAAGAAAGGAGAAAUCCUGGGUUUGUUGGGACCCAAUGGAGCUGGGAAAAGCACAUUAAUUAAUAUGCUUGUUGGAGAAAUUGAGCCAACCAGUGGGCAGGUUCUGAUGGGAGAUUAUUCCUCGGGGCUGAGCAGUGAGGAUGACUCAGUGAAAUUUUUGGGGUACUGUCCUCAAACGAAUCCUCUCUGGCCAGAUAUCACACUGCAGGAACACUUUGAGAUUUAUGGUGCCAUCAAAGGGAUGAGCCAGGCUGAUGUUAAAGAAGUCAUCAAGCGCAUCACCAGUGUCCUUGAUUUAAAGGACCACCUGCAGAAAACGACGAAGAAGUUGGGAAUGGGGCUGAAACGCAAGCUCUGCUUUGCCCUCAGCAUGCUGGGCAACCCGCGCGUCACGCUGCUGGACGAGCCCUCCACCGGGAUGGAUCCCAAAGCCAAGCAGCACAUGUGGAGGGCAAUCCGAGCAGCCUUUAAAAACAAGGAGAGAGCAGCCAUCCUGACCACGCACUACAUGGAGGAGGCAGAUGCUGUCUGUGACCGUGUGGCCAUCCUGGUGUCAGGGCAGCUCAGGUGUAUAGGUACUGUCCAGCACCUGAAGAGCAAGUUUGGCAGAGGGUACUUCUUGGAAAUGAAAUUGAGGGAAACAGCAGAUGUGCAGCAGGUGGAGUAUCUGCAGAGCCAGAUUUUGCACAUCUUCCCCAACGCCAACCGCCAGGAAAGCUUUGCUUCUAUCUUGGCAUAUAAAAUCCCUAAAGAAGAUGUACAGUCGCUUUCGCAUUCUUUUUCCAAGCUGGAAGAAGUAAAACACGCCUUCAACAUCGAGGACUACAGCUUUUCUCAAGCAACACUGGAACAGGUGUUUGUGGAGCUUGCUAAGGAGCAGGAGGAGGAGGACAGCAGCUUGGGCACCCUGAACAGCAGCCUGUGGUGGGACAGGACACAGGAGGACCGAGUCAUUUUCUGAGCUCCUCAUGCUCGUGUUGGUGCCAGCGCCGAUCCUCUCUCUGCUCCUCGAAGCCGGCGUGGGCAAGGACAGCUGGGUUUGGAAGCUCUGAGCAUGUCCCACCAUCCUGGCCUUGGGAAUAACGCCGCAGGAGCGGUGAGCAUCCCACUGCUCCUCUGACUGACCCAAAUCCCUCCUCCCCUCGCUGUUACUGGUUUGUGUUGGGCAGGAGGGCACUGCCAUGGCAGCCAGGUGUCUCCUGGUGUUGGUGGCUGGGGCAGGAGCUCCCACCUGCCUUCCCUUGGCUCUGCUGGGCCAGAGGCUGGGCUGUCCUUCAGGAGGAUCCUGUGUCUGAGCGAAGCCAGUCGCUGCUGGAGCAUCCUGCCCCGUGGGGUGGUUUGCAGGGUCUGGCCAUGCCCUUGGGUGGGCACUGCUGCCUGUCCUGCACACCCAUGCCUGUGAGAUCCUGCUCCUCCACCAGCUGGUCCAUCCCUGCUUCUGCUUUGAAGAUGCACCUGCUUAGAAGAGAGGGGGGAAAACCACUGCAGUCACUGUCCCACUGCAAGGAGGGUCCUGAAUUGCACCACGAGCUCGGCUUGGCGUCCCACCAGCGUGAAAAUGUUCAUUUACAGACACAGCUUGGCACUUGUUGGCACUCCCAGCCCCCUCCCCUGCAGGGUGGCAGCUGUGUGCUGCCAUGUGGGUGCCACUGGGGUUUGUCAUGCAUGCUGGGGGCACAGAGGCUGGACAGAGUGGAUGUGCUCCUUCCCCUGCUUGGUUAAAAGUACAAAGACACAACUGUCUGUCAGGGUUUGAUGCUGGCUGAGCACCAGGCGCCCAUGAAAAAACCAUCUAUUUAUUUUCCUCUGCUAUAGCUAAGCAGAGGAGGGAAAAUUAAAACUUCAUUUUCAUGAGUUAAGGAUUAUUGAAACAACAAAAACACUUUAAGUGUUUUAAGGCAAAACAGGUUCAAAACUUAAAACAGUAUAAAGACGAUUUAUUAACAAAAUUAAAAGUAAAAAGGGUAAUGAGAACCAAAGUGAACUUUCAGGACAUCUUUCUUUCCCAGUCUCUCCCUCUUUCCACCGACUACGCAAAGAAACAGAACAUGGGGUUUUGGUCAGUAUUUCACUUCUUAAAAGUCUUUCUUCAGUAUGCUUAAGGAAAAGAGUUUCUUCUGCUGUGCCGUGGGAUCCUUCCCACAGGAGAUAGCUCUCUGCAAACUUUUCCAGCAUGGUUUUAACUUUCACAAGCAACAGUCCCACCUGAACCUGCUGCAAUGUGAGUCCCUCCCACGGGCCAAGCAGUCUUCCCACAACUGCCCAGCGUGGGUCAUUUUAGUUCAUGGGGUUUAGUCUUUUAAGGAUGAGCUGUUGUAGUUUGGAAGCAAAGGCUCUCCAUCUCUAAAAGCAAGGGUCAUCUCUCUCUGAGUUCCUCACUAGGUUACAGCUUUUCAGCACCCACACACUCCAGCGUGAGUACUCUUCUUCACGGGCUGUGCAUGGAUCUCUGCACCCCACCAUGCACCUCACGAAUUACAGGGAAACAGUUUGUUGUAUGAUAGUCCUCACCACGGCUCGCAGGAGAAUCUCAGCUCCGGUGCUUGGGGCACCUCCUCCCUCUCCUUCUUCUCACUGACCUCAGUGCCACCAUGUUGGUUUUCCUCAUGUGUCCUCGCUUUUCCUCUGACUUGGAAGAAAAUUGGUGUCUUCAAGUUGCACUUGAGAGGUUGAUCUUGUCCAGGCUCCGCAUCGGGGAAUUGCUCACCAUGUCUCUCACUGCUGCCCACUUGAUCCCUGCCGGCACCGCACAGCCGGCCCUGGCCGCGUGGUCCUCGCCAGCACCACACAGGCGGCUCCGGCCUCGGGAGGGCUCCGGCUGUGCAGUCCCGGCCUAUGGAGGGUCCUGGCCUCAGGACGGCCUCGGCCGCGCAGCCUCAUCCUCGGGAAGGUGCCGGUCUCAGGAGGGCUCCGGCUGUGCGGUCUCAUCCUCGGGAGGGUGCCGGUCUCAGGAGGGCUCCGGCUGUGCGGUCUCAUCCUCGGGAGGGUGCCGGUCUCAGGAGGGCUCCGGCUGUGCGGUCUCAUCCUCGGGAGGGUCCCAGCCUUGGGAGGGCUCUGGCCUCGGGAGGGCCUCGGCCACGCGGCCCCCGCCAGGGUGGGCCCCAGCAGCUGCCUCGCCACCCCUCGGGAGAAGAAAGAGAGCUUCCCGCUCUCCUAUUCCCUUCUUAAAUAUGUCAUCACAGAGGUGUUAUCACCUUGUCUAAUUGGGCUGCUAACCUGCCCAUGGUCAGAGCCUUCAGCGACUGGCUCUGUGCCGGCCACAGAAGUUUCGAGCACUAAAGCUAGGCUGUGUGAAACCAACACACUGUCCUUACGGGGUUUGCAGAGAUGUGGUUCUGCCUUGUCUCCAUUAAAAACAGUCUGAUUCUUCCCCUGGCUGUAACAACUGUGUCCUGCCAGCUGCUCUCACACACAGUGCUUUGGAGAUGCUUUCCUUUUCCUUGCCAGUGCAUUCAUGAGCACCAGUGUUUCCCAGUCCCUCGUUGUUGUGGUUGCAGUCAGUCACACAGGGACGUUUGCUUGGGCGUGGCCUGGCCGUUUGUCACCCCCCUUUGUCAAACCCCAAAUGAAAUUCGAAGCCACAUUCAUAAGAAAGGUGCCUUUGGUUUGCAUAGAAGCACUAAGAAGAGUAGAAUAUGUGGUCCUUUAGCCUGAGAAAUGACAGAUGUAUGUUGAAAAUACAUUAUUUUUUUGGUUUUUUCUACACAAAGGUAUCAUCACUUUUUUUAGUUUUAUAAGGUGAAAUUAAAGAUUGCUCCCAGUUCAUUUUGCUCUGCAAUGAACAGGUACAGAGAUGUGUUUAUACUGAGACGUUGGCUUCAUAAGUCAUAUCACUUAUGUAUCUUCAUUUUAAAGUUAGAAAAUACCUUUGUUUUUCUUGAGAAAACUCAAAAAAAUGGGUAAUGUUGGAGUUGUGUGUCCCAGCUGUUUGUAAUUGUCAGGCAAUAAUGUGUGUGGUAUGUCUGAUAAUGUUUUAUCAGUGUGUUCAGCCAAAAUCUGUUAAAAUCUGUUAAUUCACUAUUUUCCUUUAGGGAGAUGUGAACUCUUUAUGUACAAUUUUACUUCCUCUUUUGUACCCAUAGGCAGCAUAUAAAUGCACAGCUUUGGGUUCGGAGUUAAAAUGUGAGCCCAAGCCCUGCAGAAAGCCCUGGACAUCCUGUUUGCUUCCCCAGGGAACCACAGCCCUGGAAAUGAAGGAUUAAAGGAUGGGAUUAAAGCACCAGUCUCCAAACUGCAGCUCCAGUGCUGCCUGACAGGGCUGGAACUUCCCUGUCAGCAUAAGAAAAACAUCCCAAAUUCAAGUGUUUGGUUUCUUUAGCCCCAGCCCUGCUGCUGGCUGGGAGCUCUGAGCUUUUUCCUUUACUUGAAGCAAUUUGGGACCCAGAAUUCUGCCUGUUGGCACUUUCCCGUGCAGGUGUGUACAGGUUCAGUGCAUUUUUCCCAAAUCCCUCAUUUCUUUGGUCUCUUUUUGCCAAUGGUGUUUCAGCCAAGUGUCACUUGCCCGUCAAUCCAGCACGCUCUUGUCACAUGGAUUUAGGGAAUUACAAUGUGACCUGUGAGCAGCCUUGGUGUCUGCCUUGAAUUUAUUCUUUACCUUGGAGUUAAUAGUCUGUAAAAUAGUUCUGUGCUGUCUGGGUGAUACCACCCUGUUCCAGAUCUUUCCAUAUUUCCUCACAUUUCAGAUGUGAAAAGUUUGGAUUAGAAGCUCGGUUUGGUGCUAUUGUUUAUCUUGGAGGAGCCCAGUGGAUGGUGGCACUGGUUUUUGUGCAGCUUGUUAAAUUUGGCUCGUUAAAUUAAUUCCGUGUUUGGGUGGGAUCUUUUUGGCCUGGUGACAUCGUGUGUCAACUGGAGUAAAGUUCCACCCCAAAACAUCACUGUCCUCAUAGUGUAUUGUAUCAGAAGUGUUUCAAAGUGUCAUUAGAUGUCUCUAAUUGCCAGAAUAGGAAAAAAAAACGGGCAAAAUUAAACCAGGGAAUGCCCUGGGAACAGGAAAGCUUUAUUCCUGGGAUUUGAAGCCCAUUUGUUCUGCUGUUAUCAGUGACACACCAAAUCCCAUCUGUCCAACACACACCCAGCCUGUGCUCCCAGAGAUAAACUGGAUUUGGGGGGAUUUGGAGUAAAUCCACCCAGUUUGGGUCACCAUUCCCAGGUGAGAUGGUUGGAACUGCCUUGCAGGAUUGUUGUGAGUAUCUGAUGUACCCAAAGCUUGGAAAACGCAUUCACUUUGUGGUGUUGUUACAAGGUUGUAUUUUUCUAUGGAGACUUUAACGUGUCUGGUUUCAUUUACAUUCCCAAGAAAAGUCCUUGUUUAAGAGUCUCUCUGUAUAGCAAGUGAGCUUUAUUGCACAGCCGACAUCCAGAGCCCUGGCAGCAGAAGCAGAAGGUGUCAGGCCUGAAGGUGACACAUUCGUGACGCUCCUCCUGCUCUUGGACCUUGUGCAGUUUAUUUUACACACAUUUUGCCUUUCUUUCACCACUUGGCUGUACUUGUAAAGGUGAGGAUUUUCCUUUCCCAGCAGGAAGUACUUCCAAAAUAAAGAUAGAUUGGGUUGUUAAACA